AUGCGGAAAGUGCAACUUCCACUACACUGGAGCUUGCUAGGAAAUGCAUUGCAACAAUUGCAACAAAAGGGGCAUACCGCCCGUUUCUAUAGAGUGCCAGCUCAACAGGCCACCCCAACCACAAAUAUCGGGGUGAACCAAGCAUGCUACGGAUGCAGGGAAACGGGGCAUUUCAGGAGGGAGUACCCAAAAGCCAAUAACAGAAAUGUCGGAGGCAUGGGAAGAGUCCUAAUGAUGGGACACGAAGAGGCAAUGAAAGACCUCGCGGUGAUUACCAGUACAUUUCUUCUCAAUAACACAUAUGCAUGCAUACUUUUUGAUAGCGGUGCAGAGAAGAGUUUCGUGAGUCGUAAGUUCGAACAUUUCCUCAAACAAAAACCUCAAACACUUAACGAAAUGUUUACCGUAGAAAUUGCUAACGGGGAAACUGAAACUACAAGCGACAUAUAUGUAGGAUGCACCCUAACUCUAAACAACCAUGCCUUUCAAAUUGACCUAAUGUCGGUUACAAUAAGGAGUUUUGAAGUUAUCAUUGGCAUAGAUUGGUUAAGUCCUCACCAUGCUGAUAUCUUGUCUUACGAAAAAGUCGUUCGCCUUAACUUACCGAGUAACGAAACCCUUGUCAUCUAUGGUGACAAACCCGACACAAACCUUUGA